AAUGCUGGUUUCGGUUUUGUUGGAGGCGGCUGUUGGCAAAAGAGAAAAAGAAAAGGGAGAAAAACGCUCUGUUUAUCCAAAUCAGAGGACCUAAAAUAAGAUUUUUUGGAGAGGGUCACCUGACAAAAUUUGCUGAACUUUGGUGAUUUCAAAUGGAAUGACCCUAAGGUGGAGCUACAGGAUUCACCUUCUUCAGGAGUCUGUCUUUCUGUCUGUGUUUCCAUUCAUUGAAUGGAUAAAAACAUGACAGAGAAGAAUUACUAUUGUACACUGGACCUGUGUAGACGAUUACUUGGCUGUUUUAAAAUAGUACAAUGUACAGAAAAUACCAUCCUUUAGAUAAUCAGGGCAUGGCAUCUGAAUUGAGAAUUGUGCUUUUGGGGAAAACUGGGUCAGGCAAGAGUGCCACUGGCAACACUAUCCUUGGAGAAAAAGUGAAGAAAGUGUUCAUUGAAGAAGAAUCUCAAGAAUCUGUAACCAUAGCAUGCUCAAAGGAGAGCAAAAUGUAUGUGGGAAGACACAUCUCGGUCAUCGACACUCCAGGGCUCUUUGACACUAAAAUGACUGAAGGGCAACUGAAGGGGGAGAUAGAUAGAUGUAUGGUGUUUUCUAUGCCAGGUCCUCAUGCCUUUCUACUGGUUAUGAGACUCGGGGUUAAAUUGACAGCAGAAGAGAAGAAUGCUGCCAAGUGGGUCGAAGACAACUUUGGGGAAAACGCAUUUAAACACACCAUCAUACUCUUCACAUUCAAAGAUCAGCUGCGUAAGGCCGUGGAGGACUACAUCAACAACCCUGAAAUGAAGGAGAUUCUUGACAAGUGCAAUAAUAGAUAUGUCACCUUCGACAACAUAAAGGAAUGCGAUCCCUCUCAGGUUACAAAGUUGUUGGAGAAAAUUGAUGAAAUGGUGGCAUGGAACAAGGGCCCUUACACUAGUGUGCUGUUUGAAGAGGCCCAGAAGAGGCAGCAGGCCAGGGAGAGAAAGGAAAAGAUUGCAGGACAUCUAAAUACACUGGGGACGUUAGCUCUUGGAGCAGCAGGGGGCUUUGCUGUGGUAGCUGGCCCAGGCCCGGCUCUAGUGGCAGCAGCUGAGGAGUUAGUAGUUCCUGCUGUGGUGUCGGCAGGUGCGUCAGCAAGUGCAGGUAUUCUCUCCAAGCUGGCUAGUUGGUAUUGGAAACCUAAGUAAUAUGAUUAUCAAUGAUAUUUACCGUUUUUGAACCCCGGCUCAACAAUGCACUAGUAUUGAUGUAAUAUCAUAGCAGUGACCUAAGUUGAUGCAUUUUCUAGAUGUGUUUUAAAAAUAAAAAUACAAUUAUCU